GCAAGUAAAAUGUCUCUAACAAAUUCACCCUUCUCUCUCAUGCUCACUCAUAAAAACCAGCUCCCACCCUUCUUCCGUCUGUCUCACCUACUUUGACUCCUCCAAUGGCUUUGCUUCUCCUUCCUCACUCCUUCUCUUUGUCCCUUCUUCGAAACCCUACUGCUCCGCCGACAGGACAUACAACAAGAAGAACAAGACACCGGUUUCUCGCAUUGGCGGCGUCUUCCUCGGACUCGGAGGAUGACAAGAAUAAUGCUUCUUCUCAGAAGUCAACCAAGUUGGUCACUUUCUUGGGGAAAGGUGGGUCCGGAAAGACCACCUCCGCCGUUUUCGCCGCCCAGCAUUUUGCAAUGGCAGGGUUUAGCACAUGCUUGGUGAUACACACACAAGAUCCCACUGCUGAGUUCCUUCUAAACCGAAAAAUCGGAACUUCUCCUACAUUGUGCAGCCCCAAUCUUUCUGCUCUUAGAUUUGAAACCACCAAAAUGCUUCUAGGACCUUUGAAACAGCUAAAGCAAGCGGAUGAGCGCCUUAAUAUGACGCAAGGAGUUCUCGAAGGGAUUGUCGGAGAAGAGCUUGGGGUGCUUCCUGGGAUGGACCCUAUUUUUUCCGCAUUAGCGCUUGAGAGGCUUGUUCAAUUCUUUAGGAAUGUGGCACAAAGAUACCGCAACGAAGAUAAUUUUGAUGUAAUAAUAUAUGAUGGUAUGAGCUCUGAGGAAAUGCUGCGGAUGAUUGGUGCAGCUAGAAAAGCAAGGUUGUAUUUGAAAUACGUGCGGAACACGGCUGAGAAAACUGACCUGGGGAGGUUUGCCGGUCCUUCAGUUCUGAGACUUGUGGACGAAGCCAUGAGUAUAAGCAGCAGUACUCCUCGUCUCAAUGGGAAAAUGAGUGCAGAAAUAUGGGACAGUCUGGAACAAAUGUUGGAGAGAGGGUCAUCUGCUUUCUCAGAACCUGAAAAAUUUGGCUGCUUCCUAGUGAUUGACCCAGACAACCCAGUGUCUGUUCAUGCUGCACUACGCUAUUGGGGUUGCACAAUCCAAGCUGGUGCACAGGUUUCCGGAGCCUUUGCUGUUGCUUCACGACAUAAAAACACAGAAUCAGAGGAAAGACUCAAGAAAAACUUUUCACCCUUGCCUUUUGCUAGCAUUCCAAAUAUUUCCUUGGGUUCCCCUCUAGAUUGGAAUGCGAUCAUACAGGACACGUUUAGUGAAAGUACACGAAAUCUGCUUUCUAUGACAGCAAGUGGCAGUGGUAACCUAACGCCCUCAGUAAAGUUUGAUGCUGCCAGAAAAUCAGUAACCCUUUUCAUGCCAGGUUUUGACAAGUCAGAGAUCAAGCUAUACCAAUAUAGGGGAGGAUCUGAGUUGCUGGUGGAAGCAGGGGAUCAAAGACGCGUAAUUCAUCUGCCUUCAAAAAUUCAAGGGAAGGUUGGAGGUGCCAAGUUCAUGGACAGAAAUCUUGUAAUCACAAUGCGAUAGCGUAUUCAAGUCCUAAUGAUUUCGUAUAUUUUAUAAUUAAUUGAGAUGUCUCUGUGAGAGAGUAGGGAAGCUGAUUUCAUUACAAUUUCAACAAAGGUGGUUCUGACUUGUGUAUUUUACCAAGCAUAUGAAAUAAAGCUCACACAGCAACUUCCAGAAA